AUGCACACACAAAGGAGACCUAGAACAUUGUCUUCUCCCUUCCUCCAAGUCCCCAGUGUCCACAUCGCUUCCAGAAAGUUGCCUGGAGACAUUAGUAUGAGGCUUUUGCCUACACACUGUCUCCAGGGUUACAGGAAGGAAUCUCUUGGGGUUACAGGAGCCAUCAUCUAUCCAAAGGCAUUACUUGAUUCAGAAUGCCAGAGAGCAGCUAAUCUGCAUGACUGGCUUGUAGCCCAAGCGCCUGACAGACACGGGUCACCUCGGGCCAGCUCUCAGUCACAGAGGUGUACACAGACACACCUGUGCCCUUUCCCCAUGCAGCAGCCAGUGGAACCCGACCUCCACCAUGGAGAAUGGGUUUCUUGUACUGGUCUCCAGCACCAUGAGGAAGCAGGAUGA